AUAUUGCAAAAUAUUUUGUCAUUUUUUCUACUUUUAUACACGUGGGACAAAAGUUGAUAAAAUAGAAAUAAUGUGUAUCAAAAUUAUUAAUUUUUCCACCACUAUUGAAUAUUUGGGAAAAGUAAACAAAAAUAAUAUCAACCGGCUAACUUAACCUCAAAAUAUGUUGAAAAUCCAACUUUAGGUUAUUUCGGUAUUUAUUUGUUAUUUACGAGAAUAUAUUUUAGUAGUAGUGAAUAACACGUGGUAGAUAAAAUAAAUCUUCGAAAUGAUUUAAUUUUUUUGGAGAAAAAAAAAAUGAUGAAAUUUAAGUGAUGUGAAUCGAGCAAUAUACAUACUUUGCACGUUUAUGUAUGUAUGUAUGUGUAUCAUGAUCAUCAUUUUGUCAACGCUCAGAAGUGGAAAAGACAGAGCUGAACGCAGAAGCAUUUACUGUUGAUCAUGACCAGUAAUGAUCGGGGGUUUAAGUCUUAUAUUUAUCGCAAUGUUGACUUUUGAUUAGUGAACAAUUGUAAGUUGUGGGUAAACGAUUGCGUUUGUUGAAAGUUCGUAUGGCUGGAGAGGCGUGGAGAAAAUAUGGCUACGGUUUUCGACAGCCCGUUUCUUUCAAACAGGUUACGCCAAAUAGAAGAGCGCUAUGAGGAACCGUCGACCUUCGGCGUUUGCGACUGCACAAGUUACAGUUAUUUAGCAUUGAGUGUGGUCUUGUUCACGGUCGGUACAGCGAUCACAAUUUUGGCACUUGGCGAUGUUGCCGAGGGACAUGUUUUUUCAAAUUUCGAUCACAUGUGGUUUGUCGGCCCAAUUUUUAUUUGUUCCGGGCUGAUGGUCGCCGUGAAAUGUAUGCUCUACCUCAGAAGGAAGUCUGUGAUACAAAUGAUUUUCCAUCAGAGACAACUUUUUCGUCACUUGCAAGAAUUGGCCGGUGCACAAGGGAUGAGUGGAUCCAGUUCAGGAACACCUGGCCCACCUUCGUAUGAUGUAAUAACACAAGGUCAAGGACCCAGUGAUCUUCCACCCCCUUCGUAUGCAGAAGCCAUUGCACUAUUGCAACAAGCCGGAGUUCAUGAUGCGAAACUUGAGAGUUGUGCAACUCUGUGCUGUGCAGAUGAAGUGGGUGAAACCACAAGAAUGAAGCCAUAAAAUAGUUACAAAGAAAAAAAGCUUCGUUUUUUUUCAAAAUUUGAGGAAUAUACCUAUCAUUUUAAUGAGACUGCAAUAUUGUCAAGUCAAGAUAUUAACACUAAAUAGUCUGCUCAUGGCUAUAAACGCAAAAGAAAAAAAAGGAGGAGUGUAAUAAUUAUAAAUGAUAAGGAAAAAAGCAACAAACAGUAUAGUUGAAUUUUUUUGUAAUUAUAGUUGUCUCAGUACAAAAAUAAUUGAACUACGAAUUAGCAAAUUUAAUCUUCAGAUUUUACUUAAAUAUUCAGAUAUAAGUACAAAGACAAAAUGGAUUGAAACAAUUCGUUAAGAGUUGUGGAUUAAAAUUCCUUUUUAUUGAUCGAAUAAGAAAUGGAAUUGCUUAAAACGGUUCUUCUUAAUCAAAAGAUCGUGCCCAUUGCUUUAUUAGCAUUUUAAAAACUAUAGUUGCAUUAUUCUAAUAUUCAUUGACUUCCAACAGACGUGUAAGUACUGAAUCAACUAUUAAAUGGGAAUAUAUAGAUUUUAUAUUAUUUUAUACUGUACACGUGAGAGAUGAGAUUGGUAAUACAAUUUUUAUUUUUAAUUGUAUAUUUCCGUUAAAAUGUGUAUUUUACUAACAUUACAAAAAAGCACAAUUCACUUUAAAAAACAAAGUAUGCAUAUAUUUUCUUCUACACAACUAUGUUACUUAAAAAUCAUUUAUCGAAAUGUUCAAUUCUCCGAAAGUGAUUAAUCGUUAAUGUUAAAUCACUAAAUUUAAUUACUUUUUCUUAAUUGAAUUUAAAUUAAUUAAAAUUAAUUUUUGAAAAAAAUUAAUUUUUAAAAAAAAAUACCACGUAAAACAAGAAAAAUGCCGAUAAACUAUUCAGAAUGAUUGUUAAUAAUUAUUUUCAAUGGAGUGUUGUAAAAAAGAACGUGUAUUUUUUAUUGUCGCAGAUUUAUAUUCACACACCGGAAAAAAAGUCAGGAAACCAAGCCUCUAAACAUUAAAGUAAUUAUGUCGUACCAAAUCGAAGUGGUGCUAAUUGUUAACGAAUGAGAACAAAUUUAUCGACUGUUUAUUUACUGGUUGUAUUAUAGCGAAUUCAUUCAUUCGAAAGAAAUGAAAACGAAAUAAAGGAAAAAUAGACGAAGGAAAAAAAAAUUAUUCGUAAGCGAGUAAAUAUUUAAUGGAACACUGAUGAAUUUAUCACAUUUUUUUUUCAUUCAGUUUCAUUAGAAAAUAGGAAUUGUCAAUUUAACCAUUAUGAACUUUGUUCUUUGCACCUUUUUAAAGUGUCUUUCAACGAAUUUAAUUUUUAUGUCAGCAUUUUUUUUUCGUUCACAAGAAAUUGUAAAUCGAAAUAUAAUUUCAUCAAUUUGAUUGGAUUAAUCUUUUUUUAUUCUUCGUCUCUUUUUUCAUAAGAAAUAAUCACAGUUCAAAUAUUUGAAAUAAUAUUUUUUGCGACGAAUUUUUAAUAGUAAAAAAAAUAUAUAAAGUUUCCGGAAAUGUUACAUUGUUCGAUAUUGAAGAAAAAAUAUAUAGAAUAUUAUUACCCAAAUGCUUUUUAUUUGGGAUUAAACUGUUACAAUGACUUAAAGGAAAAACAAACUGGCAUACUCUAUACAAAAUAAUAAUUAUAAUAAUAACAAUAAUCUAUUUUUCGUGAUUUUAGGAAUUUGAAUACUGUACGAAUUACUGAAUAAUACAUAUGUAAUCUUACUUAAUUACAAACAAAAAAACCACAUGUGACACGAUUUUGUCGAGAUCAAGAAAUAAAUUAUAAUUACUAUAUUUCAAGUAUUUAAAUUCUAUAAAAAAAAAAUUGAUGUAAAGAAAAAAUAUACAUGUAAAAGUGAAGAAAUAUUCUACGAUAUUAUUCGUUAUUUAUACAAAUUCAACGAGAAAUAUUUUCAUGUUUCAAUCUCCAUGGAUUUGAAAUAAUGUUAUCAAACACCAAGUGAUGUUCUAGUGCUAAAUAUCAUACAUUAUGAACUUUUAUAUCUUUUUAUUGAAAUGUUGAACUACGAAACAGUGUCACAUGUCGUCAUUAUUGUCAAUCGACAAAAGUAAUAUUAUAGUUGUUAAGACUGUAUAUAUAUAUAUUAUAUAAUUCCAAAUGCGUGAUGUUGAUGAUGAAAUCAAUGAGAAUUUUCCGAACAUUUUCUCAAAAAAAAAAAAAAAAAAAAAAAAAAACCAAUAGUCUUUUAAGCAAAAAAAUAAAUGAAAAAAAAACGUAUUUUUGUAUAAAAUAAUAUACAAUUAAGACUGCUGUUGCCUUAAAUAAGAAAUGCAGGUUUAAGACACAGAUCAUUGAGGGAAGAUAGCAAUACUUGUUUAUGCCUAUGCUUCUGAUAACAGUUCAGACAGUAUUAAAUCAAACAAAAAUUAUGUGUGUUACAUUCAUCGAGAAUCGCACAAACUCUUAUUGAUAAAAAAGAAAUAUUUUAAUUAGAAAGAGAAAUUAUUUCUUUCAGCUGAUGUUUUUAAUUAAUUGCUUGAAACACAACUUUCAUUUGAAACAUUUUAUUUCAAUUUAUAAGAAUUGAAUCAAAAUAUUCGUUUUUUACUUUUUUUACAUUUAAUUGAAUGUACUUCAUUGUUGAAAAUUCAUCUAUUUAUAGUUAAUAUAAUUAAUAAACAAUUAUACAAUUAAUACAAUUAAUUAUAAUUAAUAAAUUAUUAAUUAUAACAUAAUGAAAUGUUGAUUAUAAUUGAUAAACUAUCGUAUAAUUAAUAAUUUAAUUAAUUAUAAAUAGAUUGUAUAGCAAUUAAAUUCAUAUUUCUUAAACUACUACGCGUUAUGCAUUCUAGCAGAUUUAUUUUGUGCCAUUAUAGAUUGUAACGUAAGGAAAAAGAAACUUUUGUCUUUGUAAAAUUUUUGCCUGAAAAAAAGAAGAGAUUACGCUAUUCUCGACGGAGUUGUAAACGUGCAGAUAACGUACAAGUGAAAUAUAAAUGUUAGAUUAUUAUCUUUUUUUUUUGUAUCAGGCAAUUGUAAUUUUUUUUUUUUUUUUGUUUUUUUUUUCGAAAUCAAAUUUAUUCGAUGUUUUUUCUACUUUUAAAAGAAGUGUCGAAGUGAUUACAAAUUUACUGUGUAAAUAAUUGUGAUAACACAAUUUAAAAAGAAAAUUAUAUGUCAUUAUAUUUCGCGUUGCGAUGCCAAAAUGGGGCAUAGUUCUUUUUUUUUUGCAAAACUACGGAACGAAUCUUUCCGUGAAAUCUAAUUUUUAUCGCUAUUUAAUGUGAUGUUUUUGUAUAUAUAUAUUAUAAUAAAAUAUGUAUAGUUUAAAAAAA